UGACCAUUAGCCUGACCUCGAGCUCUCAUGGAAUUAGCCCCUCGCAAGUUAAGCCUGUGCGGGACCAGGAGUGGACUAUACACGAUAACCUCACUCCCAGGUCUCCCUGCCCGUGGAUCCUCUCACCCACCAGCUCUACUACCCCUCACGGGAAAGAUGGCAAAAAGAGCAGCUCCGGGCGUCGAGACACCACGUGAUGGUCCGGAUCGAGGCAGGGUCACCACUGCCAUGAGCGAGUCUUCCUCGAUCCACAGCGACAAAUUCCUCUCUUUGCCACGCGGACCGUCAGAAGUGGACCUGGACAUGAUCAACGGUGUGUUCGAUCCCUUGGACUGCAACGAAGAACGCCCAGAAACCAAGACUACGAUGCCGCAGAUGUCGGGCAAGGAUGAACUACCUGCAGAGAACUGUACGGUGGAGGUGCCUGAGGACGGCGGGAGCGGCCUGUUCUUCGCGGACGGGAAGAGGAAGGUGGACUACGUCCUGGUGUUCCCCGGGCGGCGGGGCACCUCCAUCCAGGAGUCCCCCGAGCAGCACCGGCUGUCCGUCAUCUCCAACGGCAGCUUCCACGCCUCCGCCGACAAGGCGGAGCCCCGGGCGGCCGACCGCGACCACGGUCACGGUCACGGGCACGGUCACGGUCACGGUCACGCCGACCCCCAGGACGGCGAGAUGAUCCCCAUCAGGGAGGAGUUCGAGUCCGGCCUGCUGGAGGCGGGGCUGGAGAUCGAGCGGGACAAAGAGAAGGGCCAUGGGCUGAGCUUCGUCCGGGUGCACGCCCCCUGGCCCGUGCUCUGCAGGGAGGCCGAGUUCCUGAAGGUCAAAGUGUCCACAAAGAAGAGCUACGAGCUGAAGCAGGAGAAGGGGCUCUCGGGCACCCUGUCCGCCAUCUGGCGGACGCUCAACCAGCCCUUCCAGCCCAACGUGCCACAACCCCAGGACCAGGGCCGCAUCAAGUACCUGUCCCACUCUUUCUCCCGGGACAAGCUACACCUAUACGACAUCAAGUGCAAGGACACCUUCUUCGACAACACGACCCGCAGUCGCAUAGUGUACGAGAUCCUGAGGCGCACAGCGUGCUUGCGGACCUGCCAAACCAUGGGUAUCUCCACCUUAAUCGCCAAAGGCGUCUACACAACCGCCUUCCCUCUGCACGACGGCGACUACCACGGCAGUGGCAAGGACGAACCGAGAAACGACAGACAGAUACUGCACGAGGAGUGGGCUCGAUACGGAGCCUUCUACAAGUACCAGCCCGUCGACCUCAUCAGGAAGUACUUUGGGGAGAAGAUCGGCCUGUACUUCGCCUGGCUGGGCGUUUACACGCAGCUGCUCAUCCCAGCCUCGGUGGUGGGCAUCAUCGUGUUCUUUUACGGGUGCGCCACCGUGGACGCCAACGUGCCCAGCAUGGAGAUGUGCGACGAGAAGCAGAACUUCACCAUGUGCCCGCUGUGCGACGGGUCAUGUGACUACUGGCACCUCAGCACCGCCUGCAGCACCGCCCGCGCCAGCCACCUCUUCGACAACCCCGGCACCGUCUUCUUCGCCAUCUUCAUGUCCCUCUGGGCGGCCAUGUUCCAGGAACACUGGAAGCGCAGGCAGAUCAGCCUGAACUACAGCUGGGACCUGGCUGGCUUGGAAGAGGAGAAGGAACACCCGAGACCAAAAUACGAAACCCUCCUCCUGCAGAAGACCAAGAAAAAGAGGAAGAAUAAAAAGGGCAAAAUCGAGUCGUACCGAGGCUCGGUGGACACGCCGGACGCCGGGAGGGAGAAGUGGAGGCAGAGGUUACUGCUGGCCAUGAACGGGAUGCUGCCGCCAGGACAUGAGAAGCUAACAUGGAGAGACCGGUUGCCUGGGUACUUCAUCAACAUCUCCUCCAUUUUGUUAAUGUUCGCGGUGACGUUCUCGGCGGUGUUCGGCGUCAUCGUGUACCGCAUCACCCUGUCGGCCAUCAUGGCGAUGAGCCCGGACCCCGAGGUCAAGUCCAACGUGCGCGUGACGGUCACGGCCACCGCCGUCGUCAUCAACCUGGUGGUCAUCCUCAUCCUGGACGAGAUCUACGGCAGCGUGGCCGUCUGGCUGACCGAGCUCGAGAUCCCCAAAACGGAGACGGACUUCGAGGAGCGUCUGAUCCUGAAGGCCUUCCUGCUGAAGUUCAUGAACGCGUACGCCCCCAUCUUCUACGUGGCCUUUUUCAAGGGAAGGUUCGCCGGCCGACCGGGGAACUACGUCUACGUCUUCAACCACUAUCGCAUGGAGGAGUGUGCUCCGGGAGGCUGCCUGAUAGAGCUCUGCAUUCAGCUGAGCAUCAUCAUGCUGGGCAAGCAGCUGAUUCAAAACAACAUCUUUGAGAUUGGCAUCCCGAAGCUGAAGAAGCUGUACCGGUCUCUGAAGGACAAGGGCUCGGACCCAGAGCAGGUGGACGAGCAGACCCAGCGCUGGCACCAGGACUACAGGCUGGAGCCCUUCCAGGGGCUCACCCCCGAGUACAUGGAGAUGAUUAUCCAGUUCGGGUUCGUCUCCCUCUUCGUGGCUUCCUUCCCCCUGGCUCCGCUCUUCGCCCUGCUGAACAACGUCAUCGAGAUCCGCCUCGACGCCAAGAAGUUCGUCACCGAGCUCCGGCGGCCGGACGCCGUGCGAACCAAAGACAUCGGUAUCUGGUACAACAUUCUCAGUGGGAUGGGGAAGUUCUCUGUCAUCAUAAACGCCUUCGUCAUCUCCUUCACCUCGGACUUCAUCCCGCGCCUGGUCUACCUGUACAUGUACAGCGACUCGGGCAGCAUGCACGGCUUCAUCGACCACACCCUCUCCUACUUCAACGUCAGCAACUUCAAGCCGGGCACCGCGCCCGACUUCACCCCGGCCGACCGCGAGGUGGUGUACUGCAGGUAUAAGGACUACCGGGAGCCGCCCUGGUCUCCCCAGGCCUACCAGUUCUCCAAGCAGUACUGGUCCGUCCUGGCCGCCCGCCUGGCCUUCGUCAUCGUCUUCCAGAACCUGGUGAUGUUCCUGAGCAUGCUGGUGGACUGGAUGAUCCCGGACGUGCCCAAGGACAUCAGCGAGCAGAUGAAGCGGGAGAAGACCAUGCUGGUGGACGUCUUCCUGAAGGAGGAGAAGGAGAAGAUCCAGCUGCUGCAGAACCUGUUCCUCAAGGACCCGUCGGGGCGGAGCCAGGGCCGGACCCCGCCCCCGGGCCAGCAGCUGCCGGGGCAACAGCCGGGGGGGGCGGGGUGGUGGCGGCAGCAGCAGCAGCAGCAGCCGGCCGAGCACACGCCUCGAACCCGCGCCCGGGCGGCCAGCUUCAGCCAGUUCAGCCGGCAGCCGUCGCCCGGGAAACCGGUGAAGCACACGGACGUGUGAGCCAGGGGGGCGUGCGUCUGUGUGUGUAUGUGUGUGUGGCUGCGCGUGUGUGUGAGGGUGGGUGUGUCUGUGCAAGUGGGUGUGUGUGUGUGCGCGUGUGUGGGUGCAUGUGUGUGUAGGUUUGUGGGUAUGGGUGGAUGAGGGUGGGUGUGUCUACGCGAGCGCGUGUGGGUGAUGGAUUUGUGGGUGCGGGCAGGUGUGUGUGCAUGGGUGGGUUUAGAUGUAGGCAGGUGUGUGGGUGAUGGGUUUGUGGGUGCGGGCAGGUGUGUGUGGGUUUGUGGGUAGAGGUAGGUGUGUGUGUGGGUGGGUUUGUGGGUGCAGGAAGGUGUGUGGGCGGGUGUGUGUGUGUGUGUGUGGGUGUGGGUAUAUAGGUGCGGGUGGGUGGUGCUGGACUUUAGGGAAGGGGAAACGCCCCGGAGGCUCAGAGAGGACUCACCCCACCUCCACUACGGACCUGUCGGACCCAACACGACCCCGGAGUUCAUUUCUAACAUUUCCUUUCCUUCUGUACCCAAACCACGGUACCCAAAGCUCCAUUUUCCAAUUCUUUCUCUCUCUGUCUCUCUCUCUCGCUUUCCUCCUUUGUCCUCCUCUUCUUUCUCCCCCUCUCUCUUUUACUUUGAGUCCUCAUCGAGUCCGCCUGCUCACUGCAGAAAUUAGCCGUUUAGCCGCUCGCUCCGAAACGACAGUUUGCCCGUUUUCUGCGGACCUGGCUUCACCCCCCCUCACCCCCCUCACCCCCCCACGACAGCAGCAGAAGCAGGAGGAAGACUGCGGACGACUGGGGCAUCUGAGCUCAGACGUGCUUUUGGGGUAUUUCACCUUUAAAAGCCUUAAUGGCUGGAAACAGGGAAACGUCUGUCUGUCUGUCUGUCUGGUUUUUUUUUUUUCCUUAGAUACUGAAAUACUUCCGUCUCCAAGCAGCACAUCUGACGACGACAAUGAAGGCACUUUCUGUCCGAAUUUAAAAAUGCACAGCAAAAUUCCUAGUGCUAAAUUAACUCUAACAGUGUUUGAGUCCAACAGGAGCAAAAUGUACUCUGCUAGUGUUAAAGCUACUCUGUCAGAGUAGAUUUUACACUGAAAUCUUUGCUGUGUAAUUUCAUUCUGUAUGGCUUGUAUUAUUCUGAAAAUCACUUAAGCUUAUGAAUGCUAAAUAAAACAUUGUUUAAAAAUAUGAAUGUUAAAAAAAAAUAUUAAAAUGUUUUUUGUUUAAA